UACCUCCCUCUGUGAGCAGUGACAGCCAGCAGCAGCAGCAGCAGAGAUGAAUGUGAACGCGGGCACGGUGGGCAGCGACCCGGUCAUUCUGGCCACGGCUGGAUACGACCACACCAUCCGCUUCUGGCAGGCGCACAGCGGCAUCUGCACCAGGACCGUCCAGCACCAGGACUCUCAAGUAAAUUACCUUGAGCUGACGCCUGACAAGAGUAUGAUUGCUGCAGCAGGUUAUCAGCACAUCCGCAUGUUCGACCUGAACUCCAACAACCCAAACCCUGUGAUAAGCUACGACGGCGUGAGCAAGAAUAUCUCGUCUGUGGGUUUCCAUGAGGACGGACGCUGGAUGUACACGGGAGGAGAGGACUGCAUGGCUCGCAUAUGGGACCUUAGGUCAAGAAAUCUGCAGUGUCAGAGGAUAUUCCAGGUCAACGCUCCAAUCAACUGUGUGUGCCUGCAUCCCAACCAGGCAGAGCUGAUUGUUGGCGAUCAGAGUGGAGUGAUUCAUAUCUGGGAUCUGAAGACGGACCACAACGAGCAGCUGAUUCCUGAGCCAGAGGUCGCCAUUAACUCCGUUCACAUCGACCCGGAUGCCAGUUACAUGGCAGCGAUCAACAGCUCGGGAAACUGUUAUGUGUGGAACCUGUCUGGAGGGGCAGGAGACGAGGUGACCCAGCUCAUCCCCAAAACCAAGAUCCCGGCACACAAACGCUACGCCCUGCGCUGCAAGUUCAGCCCUGACUCCACUCUGUUAGCCACCUGCUCCGCGGACCAGACCUGUAAGAUCUGGAGGACGUCUAACUUCUCUCUGAUGACGGAGCUGAGCAUCAAGAGCAACAACCCCGGGGAGACGUCCCGAGGCUGGAUGUGGGACUGCACCUUCUCCGGAGACUCCCAGUAUAUCCUCACUGGUCAGUACCUUUUUAUAUAUAUUAAUCAGGAAAAGUCAAAAAAACUUGAGUAAUGCCACUUUUGAAAG